UCGUUUCUUCCAUUGCCAAACUGAAUUCAGAUUCCUUCCCGAAGCCACCAUCGCGGCUUCGUUUUUUUGUGCUUCACGUUGUGCCUGGCGGCCAGUGCACAAGACAGCCCAUACGCUCCCACACUUUCCGCAACGCACCACGCACACAUUUGAACGUAGGGAGCCAGCACUCGAGUGGAGACUGUCUCGCUUCUUGCUUGUCGACAAGCCACAAAAGAGCACACACACGCACACGCACACACGCACACGCACAUACCGUCACACACGCACACACAUACGACACGCGCACACACUUCCUUCUUGCUUGUUGUACGUUGUGACAGUACAUUGUAACACGAGCGGUAGCGCCAUUGUGCCACCACCCUCCCACGCUUCGCUGGCCUGUGGUCAUUUUCGAUCCAUCCCCUCUUGUGUGCUUCCCUUUGUGGAACACCUCCUCGCUUUGAUGCAUCCUCGUGGGAGUGGCCUUCCUGCUUGCAGUUCAUGCUGGAAAGUGCCUCGAUAGGACCUGCCUAAACCACCCCAACAGCCAACGACGCCGAGCACGCCGACCACGCCGACCACGCGUGAACGCCCAGCAGCCUCGGCAUUCUCUUGCUCCACACACCCUCGCUCUCGCACCCGCACUCGCGCUCGCACGCAUACGUGCACACAAAUUCCCGUUUUCGCUCCCUUCCUUCACUGCCGUCCUCUUUCGCCGCACUCCCGACGCGAAGAGUCAAGUGACCGCGCAAGAUAGAAAGCACGCCUGACUUGUCCUCCUUCGUCGACCCCAGAGCUCAACAUGGACAACAACGACUUCUUUGAGGGCCAGGAGAAGCUCUUGGAGGUUUGGUUCAAGCCGCCAAACUCCACCAUCACUCCAGGCAAGCACCCACAUCGUGAUGACGCCCAAGGCCUUCGCGCCAUUCCAAGGGCGCGCGUUGAGGGCAUUCUUGAUGAAGCCAAGUGCUGCAUUCUCGACGCGUUCCACGGCGACUUCAUGGACAGCUACGUCCUCAGCGAAAGCAGCCUCUUCAUCACCGCCUAUCGCAUCAUCCUCAAGACAUGUGGCACGACGCGGCUGCUGCCUGCGCUGCCGCUGAUCGUGCAGGCGGCCGCGGACGUCGGCCUGACGGAGAUUGACGAUAUGUUCUUCAGCCGCCGCGAAUUCAUCGCCCCGCACACGCAGGAGUUCCCGCACAGGGACUUUCGCGAAGAGGUUGCGUACCUUGACCAGUACUUUGACGGGGUUGCGUAUCCGCUUGGGCGGCUCAACGGGGACCGCUGGUAUCUCUACACGCUCAACAACCAGCUCCACAUCACCUGCCCUGACGUCACAGUCGAAAUCAUGAUGACGUCACUGGACAGAACGGCCAUGAACGCGUUCUACAAGUCGACGUUGACAGCGCGCGAGGUGACACAGCAGUCCGGUAUUGCGGACAUUGUGCCCGGCGCACACAUCCACGAGUUUCUCUUCGACCCCUGCGGGUACUCCUGCAAUGCUGUGUUUGGCGAAUUCUACUUUACCAUCCACGUGACCCCGCAAGAGGAAUUUUCAUACGUCAGCUUCGAAACCGACGUGCUCAAGGAGGACUACACGCCCAUGAUUCUCAAGGUCCUCGACAUUUUCAAGCCGGGCAAGUUUAGCAUCAACGUGUUUGCCAACGAACACGCCCCCUUUGGCAACGCGCAGAACGCCUUCAACAUUCAGCAAGUGCAAGGUGCUGGGUUUCAGCGUCACGAUCAGCAGCUGUGCUGCCUGGCACACGCGUCCGUGUUGUUUGGGCACUUCACCUCAAACACACACACGGCCAUUGAGGAUGCAGAGCAGCACCAGCGGCGGCAGCGCGUGCCUGGUUACAAAGCACUCGUUGCCACACCGCCUCCAGCAGCUGCGUGACACGACACCACGCAAGCAGGAACUCGAGACGCGCUUGUGUGAAGCGGUUACACACGACUUUCCAUGGUUCUUUCUUGGUUUCAAUGGGCUGUUUUUCUCAUUAUUGUGUUUGGUGUGUUUGUAAAGUGUUGAUAGCAAGCAGGCAGGUUGCUGCGUUCGCGUUUGCACUGCAGAUUGUGUCUUGGAUGCAUUGUACAACUGUGUAACUGUGCAACUUAAGUCGAUCCCCUCGUUAUCAGUGUUGUUGUUGAGGUGUGGUGUGUUCUUGCUUGUGCACUGAUCCCGGCCAGCUUGCGCCCAGCGUUUAAACAUGCAACCAAAUUCAAAACUCUGUGCUGUGUGAGUACACAGCAGCAAAUAUAGGGGUACACAGCGGCAA